AGGUAAUAUAUAACGUAGCAAUGUCCCUAAGCUACCAGCUCAGGUUGCACUCCUUACUCUUUCAGUUCUUUUGCAUCCAUUUUCUUGGGAUUUUUGAUUGACGAACAUGCUUCUUCGAGUCCCAUACAUUGCAUUGGCAACCGCCUUUGCUGGGCUUGCCGCCGCUAAUGGCACCGGCGCAGCUUCGAUCCAAAUCAUUCAAGCCAAUUCCACCACCCGAUGGGAAGAGUGCAAAUCAUGCCACUGCAAAGGCCAGAUGCAAAUCAUCGACGUUGCCGUUAAGAAUACCGACGACACCUACUGGAUUACCACGGACGACCAUCUUGUAGUAGACAUUGUUUCUGAUAGCAUGCGCACCGUCAAAAAAUCCCACAUCAAGCGCCUCAUGCCCGGCGAAUGGACCAUUGUGGAGGUUGGUGUACAAAACCAGCCCGGCGUCGCGGCUGGAUCUGUUGGCUCUGCAGCGGCCAGAGCACGCUGGUCCGAUUCGCAAGAGUCAUCUUUGACUUUCAACUCGGUGUAUGGACUGCCAGACUAUGUGGAAACAGCAGACUCUGUCAACACGCACCAGUCGCCUAGGUGGUUCCGCAAGGCCAAGUUUGGCAUCUUUAUCCACUGGGGCAUCUACUCGGUACCCGCGUUUGGAAACGUGGGCAAAAAGGAAAACUACGCUGAAUGGUACUGGUCUGCUAUGGGCGACCGCAAGGACAAGACAGAGACGUACCAGUACCAUCUCGACCACUACGGCGCCGAUUUUAAUUAUGACGACUUUCUCGCCAACUUUACCGCCGCCAAAUUUGACCCCAAGGAGUGGGUGGACUUGUUUGCCGAUGCGGGUGCUCGCUACUUUGUGCCGACGACCAAGCACCACGAGGGAUUCGCUCUGUUUGAUAUGCCCUCGACUGUCUCGAACCGCACUUCUGUCAAGUACGGGCCGAAACGUGAUUUGAUCAGAGAAUUGUUUGACGCGGCCAAGGAACACCAGCCCCAGCUCAAGCGCGGCACGUACUUUAGUCUGCCCGAGUUCUACAACCCAGCAUUCAAGUACAACUACACCGUUUAUCAUGAUAGCUUCGCGGUUGGCCCGCCUGUCAACCCGUACACUAACAAGACGGUGGAAUACACGGGCUUUGUGCCUGUUGAUGACUACCUCACGGGUAUUCAGCUGCCCCAGAUGAACAUUCUGGCCUACAACUACGAUACGGACAUCAUGUGGUGCGACAUCAGCAACACAUCCAGCCACUCGGACCAAUUCGCCAGCAAAUGGUUCAACCACGCCCUCAAAGAAAACAAACAAGUCGCCCUCAACGGCCGCUGCGGCUGGAGCAGCACCGGCCACAUCCUCGGCGACUACCUCACGCCCGAAUACAAGCCCGUGACGACCUUUUCCCCCAACCACUGGGAAGCGUGCCGCGGCAUGGACCCUCACUCGUUUGGCUAUAACAAGGCCACGCCCGACGACGAGUACAUGAAUGCCACGGCGAUUAUCCACUCUCUUGUCGACAUUUCCUCCAAGAACGGCAACUUUCUUCUUGAUAUUGGCCCCCGCGCAGACGGCACCAUCCCGGAGCCCAUGCAAAAGGGCCUCCGCGAGGCAGGCAAGUGGCUCAAGAAGCACGACGAGAGCGUCUUUGGGACAAAGUACUGGCCGGUGAAUCAGGGCAAGGAUAACUUUCGCUAUGUGGUGACGGAGGAUGCGUUUUACGUGCACGUGCUGUCUCGCCCGGGCCCAACGGUGACGCUGGCCGACAAGGUGCCGUACAUGGAGGGGGAUGAUGUCUUGGUUGUAGGAGGAGACUUGGAUGGGCGGGUUGUGCCGUCGAGCGUGAAUGAGGAGGGCUUGUUGGUGUUGACGGUGCCGGAGGAGGUUGGUGCAGCUGAUGAGCACGCCUGGACCUUUAAGAUUGAGUUUUAAAAAUAGUCAGAAAAUAUUUACAAUGCACCUUCUGACCAAAUCUAUGAUUGACA